AACUAAAAAUUAGUCAUCGUUUUGCUUCGAUCGCAGAAUGUAUUAUGUCACUUUAAAAAUCGUACACAUUUGUAACUCAUUCAUAAGUUUGCAAGUUAUCGUGCGCGGUGGAGCAACCGUAUGAAGACUAGUCUAUUGUUAUUUAAAAAUAUUUAAAAAUGCAAGGAGGCACAUAAUACCUAUUGCAAAAAUAAAAAAAAAAUAACCUUACGUUCCGAAUUCAAAUUUCGUAUGUGACCUGAAUAGUCUGUGCUUGAAUAGUCUGUGCCAGUGAAAUGCGCGGUAUUUUCAGAUGAAAAAUCCCCAAUCUAACUUUGUUAUUAUUUUUUUGUUAAAAUUGUCAGAACAUGCCUGUAAGUCCGUCUGUUUGUAAACUGGCCUCAUUUUUUAUAGGAAUAGCAGAAAUAUGGUACAUGUCAGCCCCGGUGGGGGAGUGUGAUCAUUGCUGUCCACGUGAUGAUUCCACUGACAUUCAGUACCAAUUGUUCACCAGAUUGAAUCCGACACGAUACCAGGUAAUACCAGUUGGCCUCCAGAAUGGUUUAGGUGUGACUUCGUUUAACAUCUCAAACCCCACCGUGCUGUACCUGAUGGGGUUUUCGGAAUCUACGAGAGGAGUCAGUACUACUACUCUUAGAAAUGCGUAUCUAAAUUCCGGCGAAUACAACUUCAUAGCUGUAGAUUGGUCUCGUCUCAUUGUUUUCCCUUGGUAUGUGACAGCAGUUCGAAACACGCGUUACAUGGGAAAGCGUUUAGCUAAUUUCGUUGAAUAUCUGGACCGGGCGGGGGUGAGAGCGUCAUCAUUGCACGUCAUAGGGUUCUCAUUAGGAGCGGAGGCCGCGGGGUUUGCCGGCAAAGAGCUUAGAAGAAAAGGUGUUGCUUUGGGUAGAAUAACAGGUUUAGACCCGGCUUAUCCUGGUUACAGUCUGUCCAAUAGUGACGGGCAUCUUGCCAAGGGUGACGCCAUUUUCGUGGACGUGAUCCACACGAAUCCUGGCAUAUUUGGCUUCCCUCAAGCCAUAGGGGAUGUGGAUUUCUACCCUAAUCCUGGCAAGUGGAUCCAGCCGGGCUGUUGGGUAGACCAGCUUAUUAUAAAUAGAGAAUUUAGGUUUAUUUAUGGUUGCAGUCACGUCCGAUCGUGGAGGCUAUACGCAGAGUCAGUGGGCAACCCUUUAGGCUUCCCGGCGACUCUGUGCCGAGAUUGGAAGUCGGCCACCAGUGCCUGUCAAUUCCAAGUACACGGGUAUUUAGGAAUAAGGGCCGGAUUGCAAAUGGCGGGGAAAAUGUAUUUAGAAACAAACCAAAGUCCGCCAUUCGCCAAAAACGGACCCUAGAACAUAAGUGUUGUGUUACCAAACAAAUUAGUGGCGUGCCUUUUAAUAAUGUUAAAUAAAAACACAAUUAUUUAUUCAAAUUUAUUCGUUUUUUUUUUACAGCAACAAAAUACAAUAAGUAUGGUUAGACUCAGUAAAGGUUUUUAACUUUUUACGUCUGAACACAAUGCUCUUGAAAUUUGUGUGAAUCACAGAAAAUAAAAUAAACAUUAUUCUUCUAUUGUUACAUUACAGACAAGUUCACAUAUCAUUUACAGAAUUAAAUUUUGAUUCUAAUUCAGAUUAUGUAUGCAAAAAAAAGGUAAUGUUUUUUGAGCGGGAAACGUAAUGCCAAAAAGAAAUAUCGAGUCCCUUACUAUGUAUCUAUUUCACGGCAUCUAGCAACUAAGUAAUUAAUUAUUAAUAGU